UAUCACCAACCGCCAUGUGGCGGUAUAGAUAAUUCCGCACAACACGUUUUGGCAGCCCACGACCUUUACUUCUCGGAAACUUCUUCUGUUUCAGUUAGGAAUACCUCUACUUCAUCUCUCUUUUAUUCAUCCCCCAAAUCACAACCUCACCCAAAUUCCCUAAAAUUUCAAUCUUGAGCUCUACAGAUUCAGAUAUGUGCUGCGGCGGCGACGACGACGAUUGCAGAUGCCGCCCCUUGGGCUUUCUCCUCGGCCUCCCCUUCGCCUUUGUCGCCCUCCUCCUCUCCAUCGUCGGCGUCGUCAUCUGGAUCGUCGGGAUUUUGCUGAGCUGCUUGUGUCCGUGUUGCCUGUGCGUGACGGUGAUCGUAGAAUUAGCGAUAGGGCUGAUAAAGGCUCCGUUUUCUGUGAUGAAGUGGUUCACCAAGCAGAUUCCUUGUUAGAUUUUUAGAUUCUUUUAUGAGUGUGUUGAUUAAUUAGAUUAAUUCAUUUGUUUUCCGUAAUACUGUAUUUGUAUCUAAAUGUUGUUAGUCAUUAAAUUUGAUUGGUCCA